AGCGAAUCUAGUUCUGCGUGGUUCUGAACCAGUCUCGUUGCAACCGUAUCGAAAGAAACAUCAGCAUGCUUAACAGCUAUCGCCGGUUUCACUUGCAAGAAGCGACUUGAGUUCAAGCAUGAUAUUCAAGUUUUAUUUGGUAGCCGUGUUGUGUUGGUCAUUGAUAUUCAUCGAGAUGGUGUGCCCUGGAACCGCAGAAACGACGAAAAAUGCGGACGAACGUGGCGGGGACCCUCUCGUCGAUCAACUUGACUGAAAUCCUGGGAGCCCCGCUGAUUCUUAUGCAACCCACAGCAACUACCAUCAAAAAAAAA